UUAAUCAAUAACCCAAUACAGUUUUAUUUUUAGCCGGAGCCCUCUACCUCCGGGCUAAGUGUUAGUUCAGUGUUGUUUCUAGUCGCGAUGGAUGUCUAGAUUCUUAGACCUCAAUUCUGUGAACCGUCGCUGCAAUUGCGCUCGCAAAAUGGCAGAUUUAAAACCACUUUUGAAGCGCGCAAAGAAAUCAAUAGAUAAGAGAAACUACGUCGAAGCCGAAAUAUGGUGCAAAAGAAUUUUGGAAAUAGACACACAGAAUUACUUAGCCUUGGCUUACUUCGGUAAAAUCCUUGGUGAAACCGAUGAAGCUCUUGAAUAUUUUCAAAGAGCAAUAGGCCAGCAUCCGAAAAAAUCAUUUGCUUGGCAAUGUCUGGCAAAAUACUAUGAAAGGAAAGAUAAUUCAAAUUCUAAAUUUGAACUGUUACGAGUUUAUGAUGAGAUUCUAAAAUUAAAAAUAGAUAGGGAUAAAGCUGAGGAAAUUAUAUGUAAAGUUGCAGAGAUAGGAUUUUCCCUCAAAGAUCUUAACUCUGCCACUAUUCUAAUAAAUUACCUAUCUACAAAACCUGCACAUUACUUAUACCAGUUCACUGAAUUUAAAUUUCUUGAGAUGUUGAAUGUUACUGUAGCACCUGAUUCAGAGCGAUUAUCAAUGAUAAUACGUAAGAUCACACAAAAAAUUAUAAGAGAUCCUACAAAUGAUUCAAUGUGCAUUUUAUUGGGAAAAAUUAUUCUGAUGUACAGAAAAUUUGCUCGAGCAUUCCAUUAUCUGAUGGAGUUGCCCUACUUCCCAUCAAAUGUUGUAUUUCGCAUGUGGUUUUGCAAAUAUUUAUGCAUAAUCUUUGCACAAUUUGAGACAUUUUGGGGAGUUGUUAUGGAGAACUACUAUGAUGAUAUUGUACAAGGAUACAGAAAUUCUAAGUAUGCCAAUCUUUUAAAUAGUAUGAUCUUGUACAACAAGAAAAAAUAUUUGGACGCUUAUUGUAUUUGUAAUCAGCUUGUAGAUUAUGAAGAAGUAGAAAUAGCUGAGUCCCUUUUCCUUAUAAAAUGUACAUUUAAGACAAGGAAUUGGGCUAUCUCUGAAGUGGUAAUUAAAAAAUUCCUGUCACGUGUAAUAGAUUUUAAUUACACACUGGAAUUAAAUAAGUUUCUGUUCUUGGCUUUAGCACAGCAAAAGAAGUGGCCUCAAGCACUAGCUGCAGCUAGAAAUAUACCUCUUGAUAUGUUACUUGUACAAGAACAAGCAACACUUGCAACAUGCUACAUAGAAAACAAAGAAAAUCCUGAGCAUAUAAUGAAUAUUUUACAACCAACGGCUUACUAUGUGCAACUUAAAGCUCUGGCUCUAAUAGUAAACGAACACUAUACUGAAGCAAUUAACAUGUUGCAGAGAGAGGCUGAAAACUCAGUAAAUUAUUUUUAUAUGGGUAGAUCAUACUGGCAGUUAAAACAGUAUGAAGUUUCAUACACUUAUUUUCUCAAAGCAGUUAAACUGGAUGCAAACUAUGCCGAAGCUUACUUCUAUAUGGGAAUGUUUUAUGAAUUUUUCAAGUUACAAUUUUUCAUAGCUAAACUUAAUUAUGAAAAAGCUCACCAGCUGGACCGUACAAACCCCAAUAUUCUCAAAAGAUUGAGUGAUGUGUAUUUAAACUUGGAUCUAAAGGAAAAAAACUACCAUUUGUUACGGAAUGUUAAUCAUCUUGUCAUAACUCUUCCAUGGCUGCAUUUCCGCUUAGCAGUUUAUUUUAAAGAAAAGAAGGACUGGAAGGCUACUAUUAGACAACUUAAAUAUGUUGUCAAAUAUGAUAAUACAAACAUACAAGCUCUUGAAUACUUAGCUGAUGCCUAUGAAGCAGAUAAACGUAUAGAUUUGGCAAUCGAAUGUUUGUAUAAAAUCAUAGAUUUGGUUCAUACUAAAGAGGUCAAGUGCCUUUAUAGGAUUGCUAAUAUUCUGAAUUCAGCAGAAAGAUAUCAGGAAGCUCUUAACUUGUUUGAAAAAAUGUUACAUUUGUCACCCAGGUCUUUGUUUGCACUGAAAGGAACAACAGACGUAAAUAUGAAACUUGCAGAAAUAAAUGCAAAAAGAGGGCAUUUUCAACUUGCUAGACAUGCCGCACAGAAUUCUAUUAUGUACUUAAUUACAUCCAUAGGUAUUUGCAACAAGACAUUCAUAAAUUGGAAUAUAUUAGCUAAUGCUAUAUUAUUUAUAGCAACACUACCUGAUAACCAUUGCUACCUUGAGAUAAGGUUUGAUUUAAACCAAGAACUCGGUAAUUUGGGAAGCAUAAACACCAAAAUGAAUAUGUAUAAGCUGGGCUAUUACUGCUUUUGGCGCGGACAGUCUCUUCUACCAUCUCACAUUGAAAGGCACAUGUGUCGAUUGUUAGCAUCGGAAAUAUUUGAUGAUGAGUUACGUGCUACGCUCGCUAGAUAUUCCAGUACUUAUAUGGCACUAGAGUAUCGACAAGGAGUGGGCUACAUUGCUAGACAUAGAAAUAACAGACCCCUGAUGUGGAGACGUUAAAUUAUCUUCAACAAAAAAUUAUAUAAUUGAGUGUAUAUUUCAAUGUCAUAGCUAUUUCAGUAAAACUUAAUCCAAAUAUUUAAAAUAAUCAUUAUCAUGCAUUGUAAUUUUUAAAUGUAAUCAUUUAUUAUCGACUGAAGGAAAAUUAUUCCAAAAAAUGUAAAUGAGUGAAUGGUAAACAUGGUAAACCUAAGUAGUGGUUUAAUAGCUAUUGCAGUAGUAUUUAUUACAAAUAUUUAAAACAAUCAUUAUCAUAAGAUGUAGUUUCUUAAAAUGAGUACAUAGAUUAAAGAUAACUCGUUUUGAAAAAUUGUAAGCACUGUAUGGUUCCACUUUAUAGAACAGUAGUAAUUAUAAUAGCUAUUUUUUAUUUAUA